AGAAGGCAGUUUUCUGGCUAACUUACCAAAGCUUCAAUGCUGCUCCUCAUCCUCCUAUUCUUCAAGGGACUUGUCUGCCAUGGGGAAAGCACAGCAGCCCCCCAGGCUUUAGGAUUGCACCAUCCAGCAGAAGCAGAAGAGCCCCUCAUCUUCUGUGUGCUCUACAUUGCCUCCUUCAAAAACAACACCUGGGUAGAAUCCCACGGCUCAGCCUGGCUAGGUGAUCUGCAGACUCAAGGCUGGAAUGAUACCACAGAUACCAUCACGUUUCUGAAGCCCUGGUCCCAAGGAAACCUUAGUAAGGAGGAGUUGAAGAACCUCCAGGCACUUUUCCAGCUAUACUUCCAUGGCUUCCCCCUGGAAGUGCACAAUUUUGCUCAUCAGUUUCAGCUUGAAUACCCCUUUGAAUUUCAGAUGUCAAUUGGAUGUAAUUGGCAUGGUGGGCAGGCCUCGGACAGCUUCUUAAAUGCUGCAUACCAAGGAUCUGAUUUCAUGAGUUUCCAAGGAGGUGCUUGGAAUCCAUCUCUAGGAGCUGGAAGUCGAGCCCAGAAAGUCUGUGAGAAGCUCAAUUGCUACCGGGAAGUUAAGGAGGUAUUCUGCCGGAAGUUAAGGCAGUACCUUCUCAGUAACUGCCCUCGAUUUCUGGCAGGCCUCAUGGCAGCAGGGAAGUCAGAGCUGGAACAGCGAGUGAAGCCUGAGGCCUGGCUCUCCAGAGGCCCCAGCCCUGGGCCUGGCCGUCUGCAGCUGCUGUGCCACGUCUCUGGCUUCCACCCCAAGCCAGUGUGGGUGAUGUGGAUGCGGGGUGAGCAGGAGCAGAAGGGCACUAAGAGAGGGGACGUCCUGCCCAAUGCUGAUGAGACAUGGUAUCUCCAAGCAAGUCUGGAUGUGGCGGCUGAGGAGGCCGCUGGGCUGUCUUGCCGAGUGAAGCACAGCAGUCUGGGAGGCCAUGAUAUAAUCAUCCACUGGGGUGAAUACUCCCUUCUCUUGACGCUGAUGUAUCUGAGUGUAACCGUCACCCUGGUCAUGCUUGUUUUCCUGGCCUCAUGGUGCAAAAUGCAGAGCUCAAAUCGGAAUGUCCUCUCUUCCUGUAUAUCCAGCCUCGCUUUUCCCUCAAAAGACAACAUCGGAUGCCCUAGAAGUUCAGUCCAUCAGCUCUGCUUGUCACAAGAAUCAUGGGUCAAAACCAGAAUCUUGAAGUGGAAAAGAAGCCUAAACCAUUUCUGGUGACAUUAGUUUGUAUUACACAUGAAAUUGUUGUCUGCUUCUUAAAUAUCAUUCAUGUCUGCGAAGACAGAUACAAUAUUUUUCACAAAGCUUGAUUUGCAAAGAUAUGGAUGUUCCAUUUGCAAAUUUUUACUUUUAAUCUUCCAGAUAUAUUAUUUCUACUUUGAUUCCGUGUUCAUCAACAUUGAUACCUCAAGCUGAACCUCAGAUGGUUCUUUCUACAUGGACAUGUCCCUGGAUUGCUUAGCUGAAGGCAUUGCCUUCUCCCAAAUUUAGAUUUAUAUUCCUCAACCCUUUCAUUUCUUCUGCUCUAUUGCCAUUGUUCAGGUUUUUGCCUCUUCUUUCUCUCAGAUGCUUGAAAAUAGGACUUAUGUGUAUGUAUCUGUAUAAGCACUCACCGUCCCAUGCUCUGAAGCACCCAGCUGUAACUAAUGCUCUUCCGUUGCCAUCUUGUACUUUCUUUGUAAUUUUCCAAAGAGGGACACGGUGUUUUCAUUUUGCCAUCCCCUGGAGCAAAUUCUGUUGCUGCUUUUGCCUGAAUGUAAUGGUUUUCAAUAAAUGCUG